GUUUUGCUCUAUUCGGCCAUGAUCUGUGCAGUUAACUAUAUUUUUGUAUGUAUACUAUAUUAUGUUAUACUGGACUCUGUUGCUGACACCCCUGCUUAAAUCAAACCAGGCAUUCUCCACACUUCUUAACAGUUGUGCCGUUUGUGUGGUAGAUCCAGCAGUAUGAGAUGAAGGGGGACAGGAGAGGAUUCUGUCUAAUCAUCAACAACUAUGACUUUCGUGCAUGCACACUGGGGAACAGAGAAGGAACAGAUAUUGACAAAGAAAGGCUGGAGGUUGUAUUCAAGUGGUUGGGAUUUGAGGUCCUGGUUGAACAGGACUGCAAUCGCCAUCAGAUCCUGCAGGUGCUGAGGAACCUGGCUGCUCGUGACCACACGCCGGCGGAUUGCGCGGUGUGCUGUGUGUUGAGCCAUGGACGAGUAGAAGGCAUCUGCGGGGUUGAUGGAGAGAUCGUAACCUUUAGGGAGCUGAUAGAGACCCUGAGUCCAAAUGAGUGUCCCUCUCUCUGCAAGAAACCCAAACUGUUCUUCAUCCAGGCCUGCAGGGGUAACAACAAUCAGCCAGCAGCAUUUCCUCAAACUUGCUCAGAAGACGAGGACAUGCUAUUCAGCGAUGCAGCUGUACCCAGAGACUCCAUACCAGAGAUGGCAGACUACCUGUUAGCCAUGUCCACUGUACCACACUACGUCUCAUACAGGGAAAAAAGCAGGGGAACCUGGUUUAUACAGUCGCUCUGCCACAGCCUGCAGCUGCUGGUGCCAAGGUGAGCACUUCUCUCUAAUGCCUUGUCCUCACUGGC